UUUAGGGCCAUUAAUUCUGACCACGUGCCUGAGAGGCAAGGUGGAUGGCCCUGGGACAGAGGCUGUUCAUCACUAUGUCCCCGGGAGCAGGACGUCUUCAGGGCACGCUGCGGGCUCUCGUCUUCCUGGGGGUGCUAGUGGGCAUGGUGGUGCCCUCGCCUGCGGGCAGCCGCGCCAACGCCACACCGCUGGACUCAAGAGCCUGGGGCGCGCUGCUGUCCAGGUCUCGCGCUGGGCUCGCCGGAGAGAUCGCCGGGGUGAACUGGGAAAGCGGCUAUUUGGUGGGCAUCAAGCGGCAGCGGAGACUCUACUGCAACGUGGGCAUCGGCUUUCACCUCCAGGUGCCCCCCGAUGGCCGGAUCAGCGGGACACACGAGGAGAACCCCUACAGCCUGCUGGAAAUUUCCACUGUGGAGAGAGGAGUGGUGAGUCUCUUUGGCGUGAGAAGUGCCCUCUUCGUUGCCAUGAACAGUAAAGGACGACUGUACACCACGCCCAGCUUCCAAGAAGAGUGCAAGUUCAGAGAAACCCUCCUGCCCAACAAUUACAACGCCUACGAGUCAGACUUGUACCGAGGGACCUACAUCGCACUGAGCAAAUACGGACGGGUCAAGCGGGGCAGCAAGGUGUCCCCAAUCAUGACUGUCACUCACUUCCUUCCCAGGAUAUAAGGACCCAUGGCAGGAGGCUCACAGGUUAAAAGCAGCAUCCCUUCUAGUGGAAUUCUGCACACGCGAACGAUUC